AUGGGGAUAAUAAAAUCCCUCAUUAUUAUAGAGUUCUUUAUUUUGGUUCGUGUUGAAUUCAUGGACGACACCAGCAGAUCCAUCAUUCGGAAUGUGAAGGGGCCUGUCCGCGAAGGGGAUGUCCUGACACUGCUGGAGUCUGAGCGUGAAGCAAGGCGACUGCGCUGAUCUGCACAGCAUGAUUGCAAGCCUGAUAGGACAACCAUUUCUGAUUUCCACUGAUGAAGAUGUGGCAGUUCAUACCUACUCCAUUUGACUUAAUGAAGAGGAAUGUGUUUUGUGACUAAAAUAAAGGAUUUUUUUUCUGGUAA